UACCUGCUGCGAAGUCCGCUACCGUAGCCCACUCCAAGGGAAACAAAAGCUACCUGGAAAAAGAAACAACCGCCUCAUCUCUCGCUCGGCAGACGCCCGCUUCUCCCUUUUCUCAAAAACUUACAAAAACAAUGCGCUGAGCCAGCGGCGGCUUUGACUUUGCAGAAAGCGCAAAUAAACUCGAGCAAAACUUUGCAAACUCGACAACUCUCUUUUUCGCUUUCCUUAUAAUCCCCUGUCCUUCUUGCUCGACUGGACCCCGGCACUCACCAAUCCAACCUCCUCCAAUCUUUUUUUACGUACUGGCUCACCAUCGCGUCCUAUCACCUCCUAGCCUACCUUUUGCUGGCAUCUUUCUGCGUUCAACCUGGCAUCUACUGCGACUUUGCCACUCUUUCUAACUUCAUCUUCGACUUCCCUAUACGAUUUGCCUGAUAGCAACGACUUACCCGCUUAAAGGUCUCAGUUCUGCUCCUUUUUUUAGUAUCGGGCCUGGGCAAUUAAACUCUCCCGCUCCGACAGCAUUCCAUUGCCCACGAUGGAAUCGAAUAGCUCCAAUUUACGACCCCUAACGGGCGACGAUAGUGCGACAAUGGAAUCGGCCGCUGCUCGACCUGCUAGCAUCGUGUCGUCGCGCAUGACAGACAUUGCAAGCGAGGAUGGCCCAGCCGACUCCAAGACCUCGUUGAAGCCGACUCCUGCAUCCCACCACGCAGCCUCAUUCAACACAAACAGAGUAUCCCAGACGGUUACAAAUAAUGCCCCCAGGGCAAGAGUAUCGAGAAACUCGAGAAGUCACGUUCCAUCGCUCACAUCCAACGCGUUCUUCCGCCCCAUGAGCUCGCAAAAGUUGCAGGCUCAGAGAGCAGCCAUCACUAAGCCCCCGACGACUACCUUAUCGCCAACCCACACGCAGCCAGAGAACUUUGACGACAACAUGACGGAUGCCGGAGCUACUGUCAUUGAUGAUGGUAUGGGCGGCAAGCAGCCCAGCGCCUCGCCUUAUAUGCGUUCUGAACAACAGACAAAGCAAGCGGCGGAGCAGGAGACGCUCGAUCGCCUCACCGGCAAGAGCGGCUCGAGUCACGGCCAUUUCCCCAACAAUAGCGGAUCGGAUAGCGUCCGUCCUCUAUAUGUCGCUGGUACCAGAGUCAACAGCCAUGGCCACAUUGUGCCAGAAAGCCACAGCCAAGAGCGUAGCGUCCGCCCUAGCGGAGAAAAGAGACGCUCGUUCCGUUCCAGCUUCCAGCUUCCAGGCCGUGACCAAAACAGCAACAGACGCCAUAUCGAAGGAGCAGAGAAGCUCUCAUCCUCUGCCUCCUCGCCCCAUCUGCGUCCCGUCGAUUCGCAUACCCACGCCAAGAUGUCAGAGAAGACGGAUGGCAAAAAGCUCGGCCGCAACUACGAGUACUUUGACGGAAACACCGUCUUUUGCUUUGGUGGUCGCUGGCAAAACACUAGCCACCGACCUGUCAACAUUGCUACGGGAGGCUUCAUCAUCAUCCCCUGUGCUUUGUUCUUCGCCUUCGACGCCCCCUGGCUCUGGUAUAACAUUUCGCCCGCGCUUCCCAUCGUGUUCGCUUAUCUCGCAUUCAUUUGCUUCUCUUCUUUCCUUCACGCCUCCAUCUCUGACCCUGGAAUCCUACCUCGAAACCUGCACCAGUUCCCGCCCACCGACUUUAGCGAAGAUCCUCUGCGCCUUGGCCCUCCCACUACCGACUGGACACUGGUCAAGUCCAAGGAUGCCGCUGCCAUGGAGGUUCCCAUGAAGUACUGCAAAACAUGCAACAUUUGGCGUCAGCCGAGAACUCACCACUGCCGUCUUUGCGACAACUGCAUCGAGACCCAUGAUCACCACUGUGUAUGGCUCAACAACUGUGUUGGCAAGCGCAACUACCGAUACUUCUUCACGUUUAUCUCUUCUGCUUGUUUGCUGUCUCUUUUCCUGAUUGGUGCCAGUCUUGCUCAGAUUAUCAUUUACAUGAAGAGUGAGGGCAUUAGCUUUGGUGCCGCGAUCGACCACUUCCGUGGACCCUUUGCUCUUGUCAUCUUGGGCUUUGUCGCCUUUCUUUAUCCCGCUUCGCUGCUCGGUUACCACAUCUUCCUCUUGGCGCGUGGAGAAACAACCCGUGAGUUCAUGUACUCGCGCAAGUUCUCCCGAGCCGAGCGAUUCAGACCGUACGAUCUCGGCAGCUUUGUCAAGAAUAUUGCCGCCGUCUUGCUCCGCCCUCGCUCGCCGUCAUACUACCAGUUCAAGAAGCGGUAUUCCAACGGCGACCAGCGCCUGGGAACUCGUCGCAACGCGGAUAUUGAUCAGGGCAUGGAGAUGAGCCCUGUUCAGGCUGAUGCACCCGGAUUCCAAGGACCCGUUGCGUUGCGCUCUGAAAAUGCUCAGCAAUAAUCAUCAUCUUCUUCUUUCUCUUCCACUUUUUUCUUACGACCUUCUCUUCAACCCGUUCUAUCUUCUUACCACUACUUUAUUUUGUCACGACUUUCUCUUGCCCUCUCUAGCGAGCGUUGCAUAGAGACAGAGACCUUGUUCUGCUUCCGACAAGCAACGGCCUCUUGUCCCUCCACAUUAUAAUACCCCCUCCUUGUUGUCUGGAGCCUGCACUGUCAUUUCUCUGUUGUUUCAUUUUCAUGUCUUGUUCAUUUUUAAUUAUAUCGGUCAGUAUUGUUUGGGGAAAACCCGACUUUGUACAAAAAACAAAAACAAAAUACCGUUUGGUUGAAUGGUAGCCAUGUAUCAAAAUCAAUACUACAUAUUCCACAUGACA